AUGAAAAGAACUUUCUCUGAACCACUAUCUUUUUUCAUUAUCUCAUUCUGCACGACUGAACCGGCCUUGGACUCGAACAGAAGGGACUUCGACUGUAAUCAGAGGCCGAGGAAAUGUGUAAUUGCUGUUGGAAAACGGAAAGUCAGAAGAGGCGGAAGGAUCUUUCUUUUCUUUUUGUACCUGAAAAAACCUACUCUCGAUGAGAAGAGCGGAGCGGAAGUAAGUGAAACGAACGGGCGAAGUAGCUACCUCUGCGUGCUGUGGGCGAUGCUUUGCUUUCUCGAUUGGAUGAAGAGAUCGAUCCUCUCCUUUAGUCGAGUAGUCGAGUGGCCUUCAAACUGCUUCAGUCGAGACAGGCUAGGCGGGUUUCUUAGGACGUCUGCUUCCAACGAGUGGACUCAUCGCCUUGGGGAAGAGGUCGUUGGUUCUCUUCUUCUCUGGCGAAUCAAUUGGAUUGUUGUUUGUGGCCGUCGAGUCGAUGUGUUUAGAAGCUUUUGUUCUUGUCCCUUUUUCACAAUUGGUACGCCUAAGAAGUGA